GUGCUGUGAUUACAGGCGUGAGCCACCGUGCCCGGCCCACUCAUCUGUCUUUAGUGCCGCGGUCACGAUCUGCAAGACCCCCUGUGCUUAGACCCUCCUGAAAAAGGCGCUUCCCUUCCUGUUUGGGCCUCCCUUUGUUUGGAUCUGGCCUGGAAGAGGCGUUGUGCAGCCCCUGUCAACAGACUGGAGCGGGACUUCUGAAGCCAAACCCGCCUUCCAGCCAAGCCUCGCUGUUUGCUGCUCACCCGGCUGCUUUCACACCUGAGCUGCUUCUGCGCCCUGCAUCCCAACACUGGGAGGCUCCCAGCGUGGCGGAGCUUCUGCUGAUGGAGGAACAAUGGUUGUUUUCAGACUAUGCACGGCCUAAUAAUGCUUUCGCACUGGUCUAUUAAGCUUUAAGGCUUUUCAAGAGAGGCAAAUUGUUAGCCUGUACUGCUUUUGUAGACUUGGGAAAGAAUGGAUUGUUCUCUGGUUGCUGCGUGGUUAAAAAAAAUAUUUGGAGAUCAUCCCAUUCCACAGUAUGAGGUGAACCCACGGACCACAGAGAUUUUAUAUCACCUUUCAGAACGCAACAGGGUCCGGGACAGGGAUGUCUACCUGGUGACAGAGGACUUGAAGCAGAAAGCAAGUGAAUACGAGUCAGAAGCCAAGUAUCUUCAAGACCUUCUCAUGGAGAGUGUGAAUUUUUCCCCUGCCAAUCUCUCUAGCACUAGUUCCAGGUAUCUGAAUGCUUUGGUUGACAGUGCGGUGGCCCUUGAAACAAAGGAUACCUCACUAGCUAGUUUUAUCCCUGCAGUGAAUGAUUUGACCUCUGACCUCUUUCGUACCAAAUCCAAAAGUGAAGAAAUAAAGAUUGAACUGGAAAAACUUGAAAAAAAUCUAACAGCAACUUUAGUAUUAGAAAAAUGUCUACAAGAGGAUCUCAAGAAAGCAGAGUUGCAUCUGUCUACAGAAAGGGCCAAAGUUGAUCAUCGUCGUCAGAACAUGGACUUUCUAAAAGCAAAGUCAGAGGAAUUCAGAUUUAGAAUCAAGGCUGCAGAGGAGAAACUCUCAGCCAGAGGCAUGGAUGCUUCUCUGUCUCAUCAGUCCCUGGUAGCACUGUCAGAGAAACUGGCAAAAUUAAAACAGGAGACUAUACCUUUGAAGAAAAAAUUGGAGUCCUAUUUAGACUUAAUGCCGGUAAUAAUUUUCAUGAAUUAAAAAAAGACUAUUUCCUCCAACCUCACCUAAGGAUACUAUAUGACCAUGAAAGUAGUGUGUUUAGGCCAGGCACGGUGGCUCACGCCUGUAAUC